AAAUUAGUCAUACGGCAGUGAGAUCGCGGUCUUCUCAACAACAUGACGAAUGUUUGUUCUAACAAAAUGACGUUGAUAGGUACGGUUUCCGAAAACCACGUCGUGCUCCUCGAUUGGGAACCAGAUGUUACAUUCAUAGAUGAAAAAAAGUUCGAAUAUAUUGCAAGCAACAUACCCAAAAUUCCGUUGAAAAGACUGAGCAAAGGUGACUUCAAAGAUAGUAUAAUGAAGUUGGCAGAGCUAGACGUUGAAAAACUCAAGCAGGAGGUAUAUGGGAAGAUUUUUAUGUUGAGCAAAAGCGAUACAACGUCAGGGUGCCAGCUGUGUAUGACUUCCUGUGUGAGAUGUUUUUCCACCUAGAGACCUAUGAGGAUUUCUAUGAGCUAACUGAAUCAUUUUAUCACAAAAGGAUUCUGUCUGACUAUGGAGUGAACAAAGAGCAAUUCAGAGCACAAGUUAGGUUAUUUCUACCAUACGCAAAGGUGGAGAUAUUAUAUCAUCAGCUCUGUAAAGAAGAAGAAAAACUACCUGCUACUUUGCAUCAUCGUCACCGUUCCAAAGAUCAAAUAUUAGCUGAUAUUGAGAAAUCAGCAUUAGAUGUUGAAGAAUAUUCAUGUUUCCAGAGCUAUACAGAGAAGAAUGUUAUCUGAUACUGGAAAAUAUCUAUAGAUCGACAGAAGCUAAACUGAUUGGUCUUGACAUUGUAAAGGCUAACGGUUUACCUGGGAAUCUUGGAAAGUACUUUAAGAUAAGACUUACAGCUAAACAUGACAAACAGAUACAAACCCAUAACUUAUUCGCAAAGAUGAUUGACAAAGAUGACGAAGUAAUAUCGGCAUUUGCGAUACUUCCUUUCAAAAAGGAACGUUAUUUCUUUGAAACCAUGCUGGCAUGUUUCAAGGAGUUUGGCAUGGAAGACCUGACCGACUUUUGUCCAAAGUGUUGCUUUGCCAGAAACGACAUGAUCGUAUUUGAAGACAUUUCAAUAGAUGGUUACAGCUCUUGGAAUUAUCAUGUGUCAGUAUCUUAUAAAUGGCUAGUUACAACAAUCAAGCUACUAGCAAAGCUACAUGGAGCAUCUAUUGUCCUCGAGGAAAAACUUAGUAAGAAAUUUGGGAGGAUAGUGAGACUGGACGAGGAGUUUCCGGAGCUUACUUGUGAAGCAGCUUUCAUAGAAAAUGUAGAGUACAAGCCUUUCAGAGAUUGCUAUAAGCGCUCUGUUUACGAAUACUUACUAUCAAAGUUUCCAGAGGUGUCUAGGGUAAUACAAAUGGAUAAUCUCAAGGAAAAGGUUAAGACUGCAUGUGAUGGUAUGUACGAGGUCGUCAAGCAAUCUGAGAAGAUUAGGAAUGUGCUGAAUCAUGGCGACAUGUGGGGAGCGAACAUCAUGUACAAGGAAGACCAAGACACUGGAGCUCCUUCAGCAUACCUUAUAGAUUUCCAAAUCACAAGAUACUGCCCUCCGUCAUUGGACCUCAUGUUCCUUUAUACACCAACACAGAUCGCGCUACAAGACUCGAACAUAUGGAAGAUUUGAUACAAUUAUACUACAAAGAGCUAACCGAUAUAUUGAGCUCUUACGAUAUCAAUAUUGGAGAUAUCUUCACCUUUGGCCAGUUGCUGGUAUCUUGCAAAGAUGUUGAGCCUGCAAUGAUAUGCACAGCAAUAAUGUAUGGUGAAGUCAUGUUAAUGCCUGAAGAUUUCAGAAAAGAAAUGCGAAGUGAUAAGGAGAGAGAGAGGCAUUUCAAUGUUGUUGAUAAGGUGCCUGAGCUUGAAAAACUUUGGGAGUACGAGCCCUUUAAAGUUAGGAUUAAGGGACUUAUUGAGGACCUUAUCCAGAUAUAUCAUGAUGAUGUAUGAAUAAAAUAUUGAACAGUAAAAGAG